ACUACGCCACCUACUGACUAAUGUCGUGUUGGCUAAAGCUUGCGCGCUUAUCGGCCGUUUCUUAAUGGUUCUUUGCUCAUUUGGCCCCUCACUCCUUGCCGCUCUUCUUUUUCUCCUACUUUACCCCCUACAACUAGAACUCUCCAGUGUUCUUUUGGUCGAUCGAAGAGGAAGAUCAGCUUCAAAUCGGUUUUGAAGGAAGUUGGCGUUGUCUCGAUCUUCCAAGUAGAACCAGUGGGUUGAGGCCCCCUUUCUUUAGGCAGUUGUGAUAGGGAUUCUCCUGUUUCAUUGUGAAUUCGGUGGUUAUUGGCAGCAGUAGAAACUCGGUGCCCUAAACAAAAAAUGGGCGAGUCCUUUUCGGUAAUCAGGAUCCGGAGUUGGAUGUUCUGAAAACCAAUGCAAUUGAGGCCUUAAGCAGAUAAGGAGUUUGAUUAUUCCUCUUGGAAUAAUCCUUCUUGAUGCACAUUAUUGUCUAUCUGGCUCCAUGGGGGUCAUCAGGAUUUGACAGUUGAAGUCUGCUGAAGCAAUGAAUGCGAGCCAUUCUUCGGUGCAUCCCAUAGAAGCUCCUCCUCUUACUGACGCUGCAAACAAUGCACCGAGACUGAGGAUGAAGGAUGUCCAAGGAAUGCCUGGCACUGCUGGUGGCCUUGUCUUACGGUUGUGCCAGUUUCUGUUCGCAGUUGCUGCAGUUUGUGUCAUGGCUUCCACUAGUGAUUUCACCACUGUCACAGCUUUUUGUUACCUUGUUGCAGCAGCUGGCUUGCAAAGUUUCUGGAGCUUAUCAAUGGCCAUUAUUGAUAUAUAUGCCCUUCUAGUAAAGAGGUGCUUGCGGAAUUCUCACAUUGUCAGUUUGUUCACCAUUGGUGAUGGGAUCACGGCCACACUUACAUUUGCUGCUGCCUGUGCAUCUGCUGGCAUCACAGUGCUUAUCGGUGAUGAUUUGAAUGAUUGCGCUCAGAACCAUUGUGCCAGGUUUGAAACAGCAACAGCAAUGGCCUUCCUCAGCUGGUUCACUGUCUCACCAUCUUUUCUCUUGAACUUCUGGUCACUGGCAUCCCGGUGAAACUAAACAGGAAGACGGCAAUACGAUCAUAAACAGUUGUGCUUUUUGUGUGAUCUCUUCUGAAAAUUUGACAUUAAUGGAUAUUUUUGAUCACCCUUCUAGUGUAUAUUUGUGAAUUGGGGAAUAUUUUCAUAUAAGAAAGUACCUGAAAUACAUCUUGCAUUUCUGCA